GUUUGGUUUCACUUUCAGAGGUCAGAGUUGAAAUCCCUUAACUCUCGCUAUUGAGAAGCGGGGUCUAGUGUACCCUCGGUGGGUGUGAAACAGCAGAAAGCAGGGGGGAAAUAUCCCCUUUAGCUGCCGUUAUACUUGUAUUGCUGAGUACAAAGCAGAAAAAAAUGGCUAAAGGACAGUAGCCGACAGAGACGGUCACGGUCACAUUGCCGAGCUCCGAAGGCUAUCCAGCCAGCUGAUAGCUUGUCAACCAGCUCCAGCCGAUAUGUUUGUGCAGGAGGAGAAGAUAUUCGCUGGGAAGGUGCUGAAAAUCCAUGUCUGUACCAUGGAAGGCACGGAAUGGCUGGAAGAGGUGCCAGAGGACACCACCAUCGAGAAACUCAAAGAGAAGUGCUUGAAACAUUAUGUGCACGGAAGUCUAGAGGAUCCAAAGACUGUUACACACCACAAACUCAUCCAUGCUGCUUCAGAAAGGGUCCUUACUGACACCAAAACUGUUGUGGAGGAAAAUAUCAAAGAUAAAGAUGUUCUGCUUUUGGUGAAGAAGAGGCCGCCCCCAACCCCUCCAAAGAUGACAGAGGUCUCUGCUGAUGAGAAGAAGAAGCCGGACACCAAGGCUCCGGACAAAGACGCCAUCCUGAAAGCAACGGCAGGCCUCGGAACGCUGCACACUGACCGUGCCGUUGCCUCACAUAACGUUCGAGAUUUCCAGACAGAACUUCGGAAGAUUCUUGUCUCGCUGAUUGAGGUGGCACAGAAGCUGCUGGCCUUGAAUCCGGAUGCAGUGGAGCUUUUCAAGAAGGCUAAUGCCAUGCUGGAUGAAGACGAGGAGGACAGAGUGGAUGAGACCGCGCUCCGGCAGCUGACUGAGAUGGGCUUUCCAGAGAGCCGUGCCAUCAGAGCACUGCGUCUCAACCACAUGUCUGUGACCCAGGCUAUGGAGUGGCUGAUCGAGCACAUAGAUGAGCCCACUGCUGACAGCCCCUUGCCAGGCCAGGACACCCUGGGGGCGGCAGCCGCAGCCAUGGCUGCUCCUCUCCCUUCAAUACCAGCCCCCGUGCAGUGUGGCACGGGGGAUUCCAAGCAGGACGAACUCACCGAGGUCUUCAAGAGGAUCCGCAGGAAACGGGAGUUCAGGCCCGAUGCAAGGGCGGUUGUAGCACUGAUGGAAAUGGGCUUUGAUGAGAAGGAGGUGAUUGAUGCCCUCCGUGUCAAUAACAACCAGCAGGACGCAGCGUGUGAUUGGCUGCUGGGUGACAGGAAGCCCUCCCCAGAAGACCUUGACAAGGGCAUUGACACCAACAGUCCCUUGUUCCAGGCUAUUUUGGAGAACCCUGUGGUGCAGCUAGGCCUGACUAACCCCAAGACUCUGCUUGCAUUUGAGGACAUGCUGGAAAACCCUUUGAACAGCACCCAGUGGAUGAACGACCCAGAGACUGGGCCUGUCAUGCUCCAGAUCUCCAGAAUCUUCCAGACUCUGAACCGCACGUAGGGCCCACAGGGGUGACCCAAUAGGAAAGGAAGAGUAGAGGAGUGUUAGUGCUGGCUCAUAACGGAGUAGCGUGGCUCAUGGCUUUUGCUCAUAACGGAGUAGCGGAGGUGUGUGUGUGUGGGGGGGUGUGUGCUAGCAGGUAUGUGUGUGUGUACAUGUGACUUUAAUGUCAUGUUGCCUUGUGCAGUUAACAUUAGGGGAUGCAGGAAAACAAUUACAAAUCAGUGGUCUAAAAGUUGAAAUAACUAUUUAUAACGCAGGACAACUUUUUAAACAAUGUAAACGUUAAUAUAAUUAUUGUUAGUUUUUUUACAUUUUAAGAAUGAAUUUUAAUUUAGCGUAUUUUAUUUAUUUUCUCCUUACCUAAAACAUCAGUCAUCAAGCAGAUGUUUACACUUUCAUAAGGGUCUGUUUGUUCAGCGGUGAUUAUUAUUAUUUACCGCAGUUUGUUUUUCUCACUCAUGAUUUGUUUUACCAAAAAUAAAAAUCACAGGAGCCGAGUUCUUGUGGCUUGAAGCUUUGAUUAGACGCUAAGGUACCGAACCUUCCCAGUGCAGUUUUCAGGUGAGAGGUUCGUCUGAUCACCUGCAGACAUCUGGCCAAGCCUGCAUCGUAGAACUUAUGUAAAACUUGAAUGAUGACCAGCAAUGGCCACGAACAGCCCAGGUUAGGCUACCUAUACUGGUGUGUGGUAGCAACCAUAGACAGAUCAACAGUUGAACUCUAUUUCCACGCACAGUUUAAGGAAUCUUCACUAACACAUGAAAAUGGGUCAUCAAACCACUUCCUUAACCGUCUGCUGAUCACUGGGGUUGUGGCCCCAUUUAGUUUGCAUUUAUGUUUUCUUCCCAGUUCCCUGUAAGGAUGGAAAUUGCAGUGUUGAAUAUAAAACUGCAGUCGAUUGAUCACUAUAGUAAGUGGAUGCCUUCUUCAGAUGGGUACAUGUUCACUUGGUGGCUGAAGAUGGCAUCAUCUAUAGUUGCUACGCUUAUAAAUUAAAAAUGCACCAUGGAGUCAGAGCCGUAAAAUAUGAAGAGCAGAGUGGAUAUAAUUCCUGCGAGGUGUAGGGAAUAUGGUGAAUAUGGUGGCUUUGUCUGAGCCAGCUCACUACAUAUUUAGCUCAUUGGCAAUUUAGGUACAGUGUUCAUAUCAAUAAAAUAGAGAAAACUUGUUUAAAAGAUAGGUAUUUAAAUUUCUUAACAAAAAGCUCUGGGAAACAGCCAUAGUUAUGGCAAAUGUGACCGGCUCUUACCUCACGAUCUAAGGUUUCUUAAUACAACACGUAAUAUUGGGGAGAAAAGCAGCUGGCUGAAGAGAACAAACGCAAGUGAACUGACUUUGGGUGCUGCCAUUAUUUUUGUUUUAUUUUCACAUUAGUAUUUCUGUUACAGAAUGUGCAGCAGAAUAGCCGUCCAUCUAGUGCCCCCAUAUUUGGUAUGUGAGCAGCCCAGAUGGCAAACCAAUAAACACCUUAUAGCAGAUCAGAUUCCCUCCCUGGGUCAAGCAACAUUAGGACCUUGCAGAACUUUUGAAAUUCUUUUUGGAAAUAGCUGUACUUUUACAUAAUCGUGCACAAAUAUUUGUUAGAAUUCUGCUUGCCAUGCCUUCAUUUCCUGGUUCAUUUCUGUUGACUAAUGUCUCAGAUGUUUGUAGUGGUCAAAGGAAAAUGAAGUGGUUGCUGAUAUUUGAAGCAAACAAAGAAUGUUUAGGGUAGCAGCCAAAGUCUUUAGUAUGGUUGGCUGCAAAUUUUGAUGAAAUUUGAAAUUAUUAUACUAGAGCUAGUUACCUGUCUAGAUUGGCAGUAUGGUAGAACAGUAUCAUUGGCAUCAUCAUCAUGAAUCACCACACAGUUCUAACAUUUGACAAUGCAGCGGGCCUGUCAAUAGUUUGUUACACUAAAACACCUGUCUGUAAAGUUAAAUAUCACAGUUACAAUAGUUUUCACAAAAUAAAACUUUUCCUUUGAUUUUACAAAUAUGAACCUGUCAUCAUUCACCUUCAGUUUGGUGUGUUGAUGUUCUGAAAUUCUGUAUGCCAAACCAAAAGAAGCUUUGUCUGUGGUUUUACUUCUUUACCUCCUGUCACAGUUCUGUGAGCUAAAUAUGGCGAUUUCAGUAACGGGCAUUUGAUCUUUCUUGAGUUUGUAAAGCCUAGGACCAGUGCGUUAUGCAUCUGGGACAACUAAGACAUGCUGAUCAGCACAGACCUAAUGUGGUCUACCCUGAAACAGUGCUGUGAUGCAGCUAACAGGCAAUCGCACAGAACGUUAUGACUCAAUAGGCAGAAAUUGUCCUAGGCUGUGUGGAGUUGUAAGUUGACUGUUUACUAAUGUAGUGUUUUUUCGGCAAAAUGAACCUGAGAGUGAGAUAAAAUGGUGUAUGAAAAAGGGAUAGUGAUAGAAGGAAUAAAAAGAAGUUCCUAGGGACAUCAUCCCAGUAAACCUAUCCCCACUGUCCUCCAUUUAUGGCCUCCAGGUGAGUGUUAUUAAAGGCCUGUCAGAGCAUUGGCCUUUAAUACAUGAGCACUUGUGAAUUGAACCUCUUGUGCCUCAAGUUUGAUUCAACCGUUCUCAAACUGGUCAGAGGUUUGAAAACAUUUCUUUAGCAAAUUGAUUAGUGAGUAACCACACAUUUGUUGGUUCUGUAGUGUUGCUUAACUUGGCAUGUUUUUUUAAUUAUUAUUGUUAAAGAAGGGCCCCUUAAAAGGGUUUGGCCAAGAACUUCACUUUCAAAAAUGUAUAAUUCCACCUUCUCGGGUUGAAUGGGAUGCUUCUCUGGGACUGUUCAUCUCAUAUUUGAAGCUAAACCACUGCUCAUUUUGCUUUAAAAUACACUGAAAUUGAGUUCCAGAUAGCACCUUUUAUUUUUUUUUAUCCAACUAAGAAAUGGUUUAAAGAUCACAUUCUUUGGAAAAAAAAAAAUGUGUGGGUUUCUUAAAGUGGAUAGUUCUGUUCAUGUUGCAUGCUGGAAAUGUUAUACAUUUAUGAUCGUUGAACAUUUGAAUAUACAAUUCAGAGUGAUGCUGAUCUGUGUUCAUGCAGUGAUGAAAGGUAUCUCUCAGUCCUUGGGCCAUUGAUAUCAGAGUGUUCUUUGUCCCCAAUGGUCUACAUUAUAUAAAUUGUCCCAGUACUGUACAAGUCUACAUUCUUAAACUUUUACAUACUUUAUGAGACUUAGUACUCCCAUUGUGUCUUGUGGCAUUGUACCAAGGUAGUAUUCUAUGCUCUAAUAUUCCUACAGACCUGUGGGGAAAAACAGUGUAAGAAACUGGUUUUAUUUGAAUAACUAUUAUAAGGAGUGUGGAUGGAAAAAGGAAUCCUAACUGCUUCCCAACCCUUUUCUAUUCCCAAGCCGGAAGGUGCCAGUUUCUCACCCGGUGGUUCCAUUCCAAAUGCGGAAUGGAAAUUCAUGAUUAACAUGAUUAUCAUUCAUCCUGCCUGUUUACCCAAAUUCAGCAGGUUAAAAAACGGUGACCUAUGCAAGUAAUCUUUACUCACCAGUCACAGAAAGAGCCAUGAUGCUUUCUCUGUUGUAUUCCUUGAAAUUUUGUACAAAGCCCAUGGUUUGUGGUGAGAAAAUCAAAUCAACAAUCAAGUAUAAUGGAGGAAACACUUGAAGAGCAACAAUUAAGGGCACGUGUAGUUUUGAUUUUCUGGUUUGAAAGUGUUCAUGUGUAAGCAGUGCUUUUCAGUGGCGUGUGUAGUAAUAGCAUGUGUUUCACUAUCAGGAGCAGUACAGUCAGUUGAACAGCACAGCCUAGUCCUGAUUUCAUCAUUCACCUCCGACUUGUUGGUAGCUGACAAGCAGAUUUCUACAGUCCCCAGUUUGCAGGAUUCUGUAUGUGUCUUUUAUUUUUAAUCUGAAACGGUUUGCUUCUAACCCGUGGGAUGUUGUGUGAUGACGUUUCUUGUUUGAUCACUUCCAAUAAAAGACGACAUUAUAAAUGAAAAAA